AUGAAGUCGAAUCGUAACAGUCAUGAAGGAGCAACUCGUCACGUAAAAAUGCCUAUUUCGGAUUAUAACAGUCGUGAACGUACUGCUCGUCUCACGGAAGAAACAGAAAAGAAAUCUGAUGGAGAAGAAAAUGUAAAUGAAGAAACAGAAAGUGAAGAUGUGAAACCUGAAGCGGAAGAAAUUAAAGAUAAAUCUGAUGAAAAGCCUGAAGAAAAAGUCGCUAAAGAAAGUGAUAAAGGCGAUGCGGCGAAGAGCGAAAAUGAUCCGGAAGAGAACCAAACGGAAGGAAAUGCGAAAACUGCAGAAAUUGCGGUUGAAGAGGGAAAUAGUGCCGAUAAGGAAGAAAAUGAUGAAGAUGAGUCCAAUACUUCAGAAGUAGACAACAAUGAAACUGAAAAAGAUAAAGAAGUGAAAGACGAGCAAAAUAAAGUAGAAAACAGCGAGAACUCGAAACAUGUUAACAAUGGAACAGAAAGGCAAGCCCCUGAUGCGAGUACAGAUGAAAAGGAUACAAACGAAGAAAAUUUAAAGGAAGCUACAGAAGAUGAAGGAAAGGAAACCAAAGAGGUUGAAGACAGCGAAGUGGAAGACAAAGGGAAAAAGCAUGAAGAAAUAGGAAACGUAGAUAAUAUUGAAGAAGAGAAAAAUGAGAGUGGAGAAGAUGAAGAUAGUAAAAGUGAAAACGAAAAAGAUAAGAAAGCAGAAAAUUUAGAUCUAGCGAAAGAAGAUGAAAAGGAAGUUGAAACAACAGACACAAUGGAAGCUGAUAAAACUGCAGAAAAGGAAUCGGAAUCUACCCUUGAUGACAAAAAGGAAACUGAAGCGAGCGAAGAAGACCCAGAAAAAGAAUAA